AUGGCUGUCGGUUUUGGCGCAAGUUUCCCCUCGACCUCGACUGGUGUCGCAACGGUGGUUUCAAAGGGUGUCUGGUCGUCGGAAAUGGAGGUCACUACAGAAAUGGGAGGAAAGUUGACGGAAAAUACCACUACGACCCCCAUGCAAAUAGAUAAUCAAAUACAAGAAGCCCCGGGCUCUUCUCCUCCUCGUCGGAAACGCUUACUCCUCUCCACCGAGAGUGCUUUUGUCGACAACAUACUUCCUUCGCUGGUUCAGAAUCCCGAAAUUGAAAUACGGUUGAUCACAGACGAACCCUCCGCCCUUCUGUCGGGCGCAAGCAAGGUUCCUCAUUAUAUGGACACGGUGGAUAGUCAAACAUUCGAAAAGAAGACUGGGGCUCGGAAAUGGCUCAAGGCCAAGGCGGCGGAAUUGUGCGAGUGGGCUGACAUGCUGCUGGUUGCGCCGAUAGAUGCUGGAGCGUUGGGGUCGAUGCUAUAUGGGCUGACCAACACGUUGACGUUGGCGCUCCUGCGGGGUUGGAUCUCGUCGAAGCCGGUGGUGCUGAUCCCUGGAAUGACGGUUUCAGAAUGGCACCAUCCACUGAGUAAAAGGCAACUUCGUGAGGUGGCAGAGUUCUGGCCAUGGAUCAGUGUGGUGUCACCGGUGCUGUGGGAAUCGGUCAGUCCGGAGGAGCUGGUUCAGUUACCAUGGGAAGGCUUAAAAGAACUACAUGAAGUUCUCGAACGAACUUUGGGUCUAUCGUUCUCUCAGGUCUCCACUAAGCCUGGCCAGCUUACAGAUUCUACAUACCCGACCGGCAUUUCGGAGCAGAUGCCUGGUGAUGCGGCGUCCACGAUAUCGCGACACCUCCUGCAUCGAAGCAAUAAAACGGAAAGUGGCCCGCGCUCACUACCCAUGGAGCUAUGGCUCAAUAUCUUCGAAGACCAAUUACACGACUGGGAAAUCGCAAAGGCAGUUGGCAUCCCAACCAAUCUGCCCGUGCCGAAGGAAUGGCAAAAUCACCUGCUAAAGAUGUCGACCCCAGCUUCCUUGGAAUACACCAUUCUCAGAGGAUCCUUCGCCGCAAUCAAAAAGCGUAUUGAUAGCCUGCCGCGAUGGAAGCCCCUCUCCGACCUUGUAUGCCACCUCAUCUUCAAGUUCUCUCGAACCGAUAUCCUCUCCUACCUCACCGAAAACCAUCUCGAUUUACUCUGGACCACCUCCCGACUCACCAACCUGCCAUACCGCGCAUCCGCCAUCUACGGAAACCCCAACAUCCUUACCUGGUGGCGCGAUGCCCCCGCCCUCCCCAACAAAGAAUACAUCGCCGACGCAAUGGACGGAGCCUCCCGCGCCGGCUUUGUCAACGUCCUAGAAUGGUGGCGAACCUCCGGCCUCGAACUUCGGUAUACCGAGCGCGCCCUUGAAGCCGCCAGUGCCGAAGGCCGAGUAGCCGUCCUCGCCUGGUGGAAAGCCGCCUCGGCCAACGCACCCCCUUCCAACCCCAUCCCCCUCAAAGUCGGCAAAUCCGUCCUCCUUGCUGCCCAAUCCGGCCGCACCGCUUCCCUAGCCUGGUGGGACGCCUCUGGCAUUCCCUACACCCAUGGUGAAUCCGUUGCCCGCAUCGCCAGCACACACGGCCACGUCCACGUCCUCGACUUCUGGUACCGUCUGAAAGGCGCUAAGAUGAUUUUCGACAGCCAAGUUCUCGUCGGGCCCACCAAGAAUGGUCACGACAACGUCCUAGAAUGGUGGCGUCGCAGCGGACUCCGCGUCGAGUUCAAAACCUGCGACAUUGAAGAAGCUCUCGAGGACGCGGACCCGGUCUCGGGUGCUGAAGAGCGUGUCCGCAAAUGGUGGGCCCGGAACGGGCUUAACCUGGGUGUUGGAACGAGUGAGUGGAUGAAGACGAAAGUGUUGUGA